AUGUUCUACAACACGGCGUUCGCACCAGAUCCUACUGCCAUGACGUCGUCUGUGAGGGUGGAGCCGAUGCUGGAUCUCCGCGCUCUGAUUGGAGAAGGCCCAGUGUGGGAGGAAUCAGAACAGACGCUAUUGUUCGUUGACAUCAUAGGAAAAAGUAUCCACCGCUGGAAUGCUUUGACCAAUCAGACUUCUUCCCUCAGUACAGAUUCUACCGUUGGCUUCGCCGUGCCGGUGCAGGGGGGUGGGUACCUGGCUGGAGUAGGAUGCAGUUUCUCAGCUGUCAAUUGGUCGACAGGAGCGGUAACGUCACUGGUUACCGUGGACAACGACAAACCGCAAAACCGCUUCAAUGACGGAAAAGUGGAUCCGACCGGCCGACUGUUUGCAGGGACCAUGGGAGACAUUGAGGCCUCUCCAGUCUUGUGGAAACAGGGCUCUCUGUUUUCUCUGGACUCAGAGCUGACGCUGCUGCGACACUUUGGUCAGGUGGACAUCUCUAACGGUCUGGACUGGUCGUCUGACGGCUCGCUCUUUUUCUACGUGGACAGUAUGAAGAAAACUCUGGAUGUCUUUGAUUAUGACGUGGUCACAGGACUCCCGGCUGCUCGGCGAGUGGUGUACGAGAUGAGGGAAGAGGAAGGACUCCCAGACGGACUCACGGUGGACUCUGAGGGGAUGGUCUGGGUCUCCUGCUUCAAUGGGGGGCGAGUCCUGAGGAUUGAUCCAAGCACAGGUGUGCGGCUCCAGACCGUGUUACUUCCUGUCUCAAAAACCACUUCCUGUUGCUUUGGAGGACCUCAGUACAAUGACCUCUACGUAACCUCUGCAUCUGUGGGCCUCAGCCAAUCAGAGCUCAGCGCGCAGCCCCUCGCCGGCGCCACCUUCAGGGUGUCUGGACUCGGAGUGAAAGGGCGCCCCCCAGUGGAGUUUUCUGGAAAUGUUUGGAAGAGGAAAGACUAG